AUGAGUUAUUCGAUGGACACUAUGGGAAGCCCCUACCGGAGGGUGGUGGAAACCAGGACGAGCUACUCGAGCCCUUCCAGCGGGUUCCGCUCCCAGUCCUGGUCGCGGCCAAGCCCGAGUUCUUCUUCGUACAAGAGGACCUUCAACGUCCCGGUGGCGCGAGCUUAUGGCUCAACAGUUCUGAGCGCCACCGACAGCCAUGAUUUCACUCAGACCUCCAUCCUCAGUGGAGACUACAAGCGCUCCAAUGAAAAGGAACAACUCCAGGGACUCAACGACCGCUUUGCCGGCUACAUCGACAAGGUGCACUUUCUGGAGCAGCAGAACAAGCAGAUCGACGCGGAGAUCCAGGCACUGCGGCAGAAGCAGGUGUCGCAGUCUCAACUGGGCGAACUUUACGACCAAGAGCUGCAGGAGUUGCGCUCCAUGCUGGAGCAGAUCCACCACGAGAAGGCACAGAUCCAACUGGACACCGAUCACAUUGAAGAAGACAUCCAGCGCCUUAGGGACCGCUUCGACGAGGAAGCCCGCAUCAGAGAAGAGACGGAGGCGAUCGUCCGUGCCUUGAAGAAGGACAUGGGUGACUCAGCACUCGUCAAAGCAGAAAUGGAGAAGAAAGUGCAGUCCCUGCAGGACGAGAUCGCGUUUAUCCGCAACAACCACCAAGAGGAGAUGAGCGAUCUGUUGGCUCAGGUGCAGGAGUCGCAGAUCACCGUGGAGAAGAGGGACUACCAGAAGGCGGAUAUCACUGAAGCGCUGCGCGAGAUUCGCUCGCAGCUGGAGGGCCACUCGACGCAAAACCUCCAGCAGGUGGAAGACUGGUUCGUGUGCCGCUACGCGAAACUCUCGGAGGCCGCCGAGCAAAAUAAAAGCGCCAUCAAAUCUGCACGGGACGAGAUCUCAGAUUAUCGCCGUCAGUUACAGUCCAAAACCAUCGAGUUGGAGUCUGUCCGAGGAACCAAAGAGUCUCUGGAGAGGCAGCUGAACGACAUAGAGGACCGACACAACAAUGACAUUGCGAGUCUUCAGGAAACCAUCCAUCAGAUGGAGAAUGAACUCAAGAGCACGAAAUGGGAGAUGGCAAGGCAUCUUCGUGAAUACCAGGACCUCUUGAAUGUCAAAAUGGCACUAGAUAUAGAGAUUGCUGCAUACAGAAAACUUCUUGAAGGUGAGGAGAGCCACUUUAGCACUUUCCCAUAUCGCCAGGCCGUCACCAAAGGCCCCAAGGUCAAAAGUGAGCCUCCGAAGCUUAAAGUGCAGCACAAAUUUGUAGAGGAGAUCAUCGAGGAGACCAGGGUGGAGGAUGAGAAGUCAGAGAUGGAUGAGGUUUUGGCUGAGAUGGCAGAAGAGUUGUCAGCUGCCAAGGGAAAAGAAGAAGGAGAGGAGGAGGGAGAGGCUGAGGGUAAGGAUGAAGAAGGUGGUGAGGAGGAAGGAGAGAAAGGAGAGGAAGGUGAAGGUGAGGAGGAAGGAGAAGGAGAGGAGGAGGUGGUUGCCUCUACACAAGCCAAAGUAGCUUCUGGAGCCCCUGCUGAGGAUGAAGAGCAGGGAGAGAAAGAGGAAGGUGAAGAAGAAGAAGCUGGAAAGGGUGAUGAAGAGGAAGAGAAAGGAGAGGAGGGUGAGGAGGAAAAGAAAGAGGAAGAUGCAGAGGAGGAAACAGAGGAAACUAAAUCACCCGAAGCAAAGGCCUCUCCUGAGAGUGAGAAAGCAGAGGAGAAGCAGACCAGCGGAGGAGAAGAAGGAGAGGAAGAGGGUGAUGAGAAAGAUGAGGCAGAUGCAGGUAGCGACAAAGGAUCAACUGGUGAAAAAGAACCAGAAGCAAAGGAGCAGCCUAAGAAAGUAGAAGCAGAAGCUGCAAAAGAAGACAAGAAGGGAAAAGAGGAGAAGGAAGAGCCCAAAUCUGAGAAAGAAACAGCAGCUGUGACGGAAACCAAGACAGAGACGCCUAAAUCAGAAUCUCCAAAGAGUGAGAGUCCAAAGAGUGAAAGCCCGAAGGAGGAAUCACCUAAGACAGAGGCUCCAAAAAAGGAAGCCCCCAAAAGUGAGUCUCCCAAGACUGAGAGUCCUAAGGCAGAACCACCCAAGAAAGAGGCCCCAAAGCCAGAGCCACCGAAAGAAGAAAUUAAAGAAGAUUCCCCAAAGCCAGCAGAGGAGAAAGCCACUAAAAAGAGUGAAACAGAAAAAGAACCUGAAGAUAAAAAGAAAGAGGCAACUGUGAACGGAGACACGGGUAAGAAAGACGAGAAGAAAGAGUCUGAUAAGAAGGAGGUGAUCUCCAACGGAGUAGAUGAGAGCCCAACCAAAGAUGAAGCAAGCCAGAGGGUGGUGAUCACCAAAACAGUGGAGACUAUCACCACUGGGGAAGGUGGAGUCAAGCAAGUCACAAAAACGGUUACCGUCACUGAGACAGGAGAUGCGGUGGAGGAAACCAUCCAGGAGAAGGUGGUCUCCAAAACUGUGGAGAAGAAGGAAGUGAAGGCCACUGAAGCAGAUUAGACCAUUGUGUCCAGCUCUAACCAACUGAAGAGGAAGAAUAUCAAGCAAUCAACACAACACUAACAUAACAAAGAAAUCAUAAAGCUCAACAGUAGUAUUCCAUUAACCACACUGAAACAAAAA